CCCUGUCUUCCCAUUCCGAAGCGCUCGUUUGUCUCAAAACGAGCUUCACUCUCUCUCUCUCUCUAUCUCCAAUUCUUAAUCCUCCCACUUCUAAUUCUGUCUCUGUAAAUCGCCCUUAAUUUCUUUUUAAUAAUCUCUCAAUCUGUUUAUGUACAAUUUCAAUUUCUCCCCUUGUAUCUUAAUUCAUUCAAUUUGUACACAAAACUACCCCUUAGGGUUUUGUUUCAAUUUCAAUGUUUUCAAUUUAUUGUAAUUUUAGUUUAUUUUUAUGAAUCUAUAAACUUCAAUCUCAAUGAUUAUUGUAUUAAAUAGAUUACAUUACAUUGUUAGGGUUAAUAGAUUAUCGAUUAGGGUUAGGGUUUUUGAUUCUUUUUAGUUUCUUUAAUUGUUCAUGGAAAUGGAGAGUACGCGCACUAGACCGUUUGAUAGAUCAAGAGAAGCACCAGCCGCCUUAAAGAAACCUCGAUUAACAGAGGAUCAAUCAAACCCUAAUGGCCGUUCUUUUCGAACAGGCGCUACACCUGCGUUAUCAGCUCAGCCGCAACCUUCUGCGUCGAGAUUUAGGGUUAUUAAUAGCGAUGCCGAGUCGGAAAGCGGCGCUUAUCAUCCACAGGCACCAACGCCGCAUCAGCAAUUUCAUGAGUUAGUGAGUCAGUACCGUACAGCGCUAGCGGAAUUGACGUUUAAUUCGAAGCCGAUUAUUACUAAUUUGACUAUAAUUGCUGGAGAGAAUCUCCAUGCUGCGAAAGCUGUUGCAGCUACUGUUUGCACUAAUAUUAUUGAGGUUCCCAGUGAUCAAAAGCUGCCAUCACUUUAUCUUUUAGACAGCAUUGUAAAGAACAUCGGGAGGGAUUACAUAAAAUACUUUGCUGCCAGGCUACCUGAGGUAUUCUGCAAAGCCUACAGGCAGGUUGAUCCUCCUGUUCAUGCAAGUAUGAGGCAUCUUUUUGGAACAUGGAAAGGAGUCUUCCCUCCUCAGUCGCUUCAAAUGAUCGAGAAAGAACUUGGCUUUUCUUCUGUCGUAAAUGGCUCAUCUUCAGGUGCUGCAGCAUCUAGGUCAGAUUCUCAGUCCCGACGGCAAAGCAUUCAUAUUAAUCCCAAGAUAUUGGAAAUUCAGCAUAUUCAGCAAUCAAGUAGGACAAAGGGAAUGACAACUGGCCUGGCCAACUCCGGGGAGGAUGUACAGAGGCCAGAAAGAGCAACUGGUAUUGCUGGUGGACGCCCUUGGGUAGAUCCUGCUGUUAAACUGCAUAAUAUUCAACGAUCUCAAAGAGAAAUACUGACCGAGUCUGGUCAUGAGAAGAAAAUUGAACCCACAUAUGGAGAUUUUGAAUAUAAUUCUGACAUCCCAAGGAACUUAGGGUUGGGAAUUGGAAGAAGUAGUGGAAGGGUAGCUGAGCAAGGACAUGAAAAACCUUGGUAUGGAGCUGGAAACAGUGUUGCAGCAUCAAUACCUGGCCAACAAAAUGGUUUUAGUGUGAAGCAGGGACUUCCAAAUUACUCAACCCCCAAGUCUGCUAAUGUUGAUUUACGUCCACAGCAAACACAGAGCACUGUAAGUAAAAGCAGCCCUUCCGUGUCUGCUAGCUGGAAAAACUCUGAGGAAGAGGAGUUUAUGUGGGAGAUGCACUCCAGAUUAUCUGAUCAAGAUACAGCCCAUCUCUCUAUAAAUUCCAGAAAAGAUCAUUGGAAUCCUGAUGGUUCAGAGAAAUUGGAGUAUGAAAAUCAAUUUAGAAAACCGCAAAGUGCACUUGAGGUCAUGUCAAGAUUUGACAGAGAAACUUCUUCUGACUCACAGUCCACUGAACAAAGAGAGCAAUCUUCUUUUGGUCAUCGUUUACCCUCCCCAUGGAGAUCGAAAGAGUUGCUACCAACUGACAGACUGUUAACUCAUGCUUCUUCUACUAUUAGUACUGGUCAGACAGAGGGGUACCCUGCUGCUCUUGCUGGGCUUAGUGGAACUUCCUCCAUCGUCAGAAUUCCCAUUCAACCACAUACGGGAACCUCAAGCUCUGGGUUUUCUACAAAUACAUCUUCAGAAUAUUCUGGAACCUUAGGGCAACAAAGGUUGCAAUCUCUAGCAUCGUCAGGUCAGUCAUCCAUGCACCAACAUCGACUCUCACCUUCAUUUCCAGGCUAUCCACAUCAACAAUUGCUAAAUUCAGCCGAGCAAGAGCUCCCACAAUCUCAAUCACUGCCUCGACCUGAUUACAAGACACAUCAAUUGUCAGGAAACUUGCUUCCGCCAAAUGUUCAGCCUGGUCGAUUGAAAAAACUGCAUGACAAAGACUUGCCAAAGACGGUUUCUUCACUACCUUCUGUACAACCUAAUCGCCAGUAUCCUUUUCCCCAGCCACGUCAAGUAGAACCCAGUCAGCUUGAACCUUCUGGUCAGUUUCAAAAAUCACAACCAAUGCAUGUUUCUAAAAUUGGUACUCCACCAACAUUAGUGAGUUCUGCACCAGUCAUUUCAACUCGACUUAAUGCAGAAACUUCAGGACAAUCAAGCACAAGCAGUUUGUUGGCUGCUGUUAUGAAAAGUGGCGUUCUCCCUAAUAUAACAACUGCUGGUCUUUCUAGUAAAUGUUCUCAGGAUGUUGAGAAAAUGUCGGCUCAUUCAAGCAUUCAGCCUCCUCUUCCAAGCUGCCCUCCUCCGACAUUUAAAUCUUCUGGGACAAGGAUUACGACAGCAUCAGCUGAUCCGUCACAAAAUGACACCUCAGCUACGUCAAAUAUUUCUCAGAAGAAAGAAGAGCAGCCACUGCCACCUGCUGGCCCUCUGCUGUCAUCCUUACAGUCAUCAAAUGCUGCGAGUAAGGCUGUGAACCCUUUAUCAAACCUUUUGAGUUCAUUAGUUGCCAAGGGUUUAAUAUCAGCAUCAAAGUCAGAGACAUCAUCACCGUCGCCGUCUGAGUUGCUUGCUCAUUCAGAAUCACAGAACCCAAGCAUAUCUAACUCUAGCUCCAAACCGACUUCCCCUGUUCGAGCAUCUUCUGCUACAUCCUUUUCCUCUACCAAAGUUGAAGUAUCUCUGUCCAAAGCUGAUGCUAAAAACUCAGCUGCAGCACAUCAGCCAGCUUCAGCAGAGAGAAAAAGUCUUUUAGGAUUUGAGUUCAAACCUGAUGUACUCCGAGAAUUUCAUCCUUCUGUAAUUGCUGCAAUGUAUGACGACUUUGAAUAUCAAUGCAGCAUAUGUGGUCUUAAACUUAAGCUCAAAGAAAGUCUUGAUAGACACUUAGAGUGGCAUACCUGGAGGAAGGUUGAACCAGAUGAUAUAAAUAGAGUUACAAGGAGAUGGUAUGCAGAUUCAGGGAAUUGGGUUGCUGGAAAGGCUGGACUUCCAUUUGGAAUCGACUUAUCUGCUUUCAUGGAUGAAUCUGGGAGGACAGUGGAUGAUGACGGGCCUAUGGUUCCUGCAGAUGAAGAUCGAUGCGUAUGUGUUCUGUGUGGUGGGUUGUUUGAAGAUUAUUAUAGUCAACAAAAGAACAAAUGGAUGUUUAAAGCAGCAGUUCGCUUGUCACUUGCUUCGAAGGAGGGUGAGAUAGGAACUGGAAAUGAGAAUGCUGAGGGGCCCAUUGUGCAUGUGAACUGUGUGUCAAACAGUUCAGUUGAUGAGUUGGGAUUGACAAGUGUUAUUGAAAUGGAUAAUGAUGGAUAGCGCCUGAAGACAGCAUGGCUGAUUGGCAGGUAGAAGCAGAGCAUGGAAAUUCAGGUUCGCCGUCAUGUACCGCAAAUGUUUGUAUAAUGAGCAUACAUAGAGUAUUUCUAAUGGCUGUAUGAUAAUUUUGUUGUGCACCAAAAUGGUGCUGAGAGCUGUCUUGUAAUUUUCCUGCUGGUUUUUCUCCUUUUUUGUUUUUGUUUUAGUCCAAUACAAAUACAUAAUUGCUAGAUGGUUAUUGGUUAUACACUACAAUUUGACUGA